AUGAGUGAAGUUCUACAUACAGAUGGUCGAUCAAUCAAGGCCGCGUCGACGGUGGCCACAUAUCUAACUUAUGUUUCCGCUGUUGAUGACGCGGCAGUUUAUCCUUCCUCAUCUGCCUCCCGCCACAAUCUCCCAUCCAACAUGAGACCAUUUCUCGGUGGACUGCACUGGGGUCUUGGUGAGUCAUCAGGUGCCGACGGAGAUCAGCUUUGCCUCCGAAUGCUUUGUCGUCUUGUUCGCGACUACAAAGCGAUCCAGCGGGUAUAUACCUCGUGCAAGAUGUGUCAGGACACACAUAUUUCCUGCAAUGCUUACUGA